AUGGCAGUGGCGAGCAGGUGGUGGAAUUGCACGUUUGCGCUUUUAGUGACGAUACAGGUGACAAUACGUUCAGCCUUUGCCGUGUCAGUGGAAUCGGACGAUUUGUCCGCGUCACUCGGUUCAGCAAGUUUAGCGGCUCUCAAGACACAGCGUCAAAAAUGCCUACAGUCUCCACCGACCAUGAUUACGUUAAAACAGAGCGCGUCGUCUUCGAGUGCAGCCUAUGUCAUCUAUAAAGACUGCGCCAUUUUGACCAUUCGUGCCGACCGCCAGAAGGAUGGCAAAUUAUCUAUGGACGCCUCAGGACAAAAGAUUCAGAUUGUCGAGAGCUUCCCCGAGGUCGACAUGAUGGACCUUUCAGACAACAGCAUUGUUGCUAUCCAAGAAAUAGACGACAAUAGUAUCUCAACGCUGGAUAUAUCUGCAAAUGACAUCAAAGACUUGACCAACAUCUUGAUACCCAGUGGUGUCUUAAUUCUGAAUUUGGACGACAACAAGAUUUCAGCGUUGUCGAAAAGCGACCUCCCAGACACGGUCACAUCGGUGUCAAUCCGAAACAACAGCAUCACAUCGUUGCAGAACUUUGGCAUGGGCGAUGCGACACAGUACAUCGACUUGAGUGGCAACUUGGUGUCACAGCUCACCAGCUGGCAGAUGCCAGACAGCUUACAGUCUUUCAAGUGCCAGAACUGCGGAAUCAAGAGCAUUGCGGGCGUGGUCUUUCCAGCAGCCCUGUCCCUUUCAACUUUCGAUCUGACAGGCAGCAACGUAGGGUUGUUCGAAGUUGCCAAUUCAAGUGUAAGUGUGCUCGAGGCUGUGGACAAUCUCGUAGUUACAACAAUUGGAUCCGGCUGCAGCGACAUUCAUGCCAUGUCUCGGGUUGCUCGCUCGAUGCACUUGUGUGUGCUCCCGGAUGACUAUUUUAACGCCAAGUACCUUUUGGGAGGAUCCGACAUUUCUAAUGCUCAAAAUCGAGGCACAUCUGUUCUUGAAGAAGAAAUCGGGGACCAUGUUGGCCUUAGUGAUUGGAUGAUGCUAGCAAUGAUCUGUCUCGGAGCGAUGAUGGCCUGUGUACUUGGUGGUGCUGUCUUUGUCGUCUGCCGUCGCCGACAAAAGGUUCGGGAUAAAGAGAUUACAGAAGCUGAACAUUUGGAGUUUGACCCGCAUGCUUCAUCAUCAUCCAAGGCGACAAAGUACAUACCGUCACACGUGACGGGCAUGUCACGAACUGGUCGAACGGACUCGGCACCAGAAAGAAUGAUGAGUAAUUCAACGUUCAAUUUCGUAAUGAACGAUAUUCGGACGGAUGAAGACAUAUUGCAGUGCAGAUUACUGCAGGAAGAAGUCGUGCGAGGAAAUCUGAUUGCGAAAGGCGGCUACGGCGCCGUCUACCUGGCCACAUUUCAGAACGAGAAGGUAGUGACUAAGCAGCUGCUGCCAGAACGGGCUCGUGACAAGCGCUGUUUGAGUAACUUCAUGGAUGAGAUCCGUCUCUGUUCGAUUUUGGACCACCCCAAGAUCGUGCACUUUAUUGGUGUGACUUGGAGCUCUCUGUUUGAUAUUAGCCUGGUCAUGGAGUACAUGCCUCAUGGCGACCUAAGCAGCAUGUUGCAGACGCAAUUGCAACGUGAGACUCGCGACGAAUACGCUCGAGACGGCUACAAUUGGUUUCAUUCGGUCGGAGAAGGUGGACCGUCGAAGUGCAAGUCGCUCAUUGCGCUUGAUAUUGCAGAAGGGCUCGUCUACUUGCACUCGUUUGAGAUUCCGAUCAUCCACCGUGACUUGAAGCCGAAAAAUGUGCUACUUAGCGAGUCAUGGGAAGCAAAAUUGACGGACUUUGGAAUUAGUCGUAAAGUUGAUGAAGACCAGACAAUGACUGCGGAGAUUGGUACGGUCUCUUGGAUAGCUCCAGAGGUACUGCGAGGCGAGCAGUACUCUGAAAAGGCAGAUGUGUACUCUGUUGGUGUCAUUUUGACGGAAUUGGACACAUGUUGUCGACCAUAUUCACAGGGAAUUUCGAUCGAUGACAAUCAUGACGGCAACAACAAGACGUCAAACACUCGUAUUGCCGUGUUGGUUAGUGCCGGUUCUCUUCGACCCGAGGUGCACAGGGACUGUCCACGUAGUGUGCGUAACUUGGUGGACAAGUGCUUGGCGUUUGACCCAGCGGAUCGUCCAUCAGCGUUGCAAAUUCACUAUGAACUACGUAAUUUGGAACUCGAAGAGGAGGAGCUGCUGGCGUCGGAGAGAUGCAUGUCGCAAACGCACGUCAAGGCUAGUAACAAGGGUGAGUAA